UAUUUAGUUUUUUUGGCGCACAAAAAGUAUUCUCGUCGCUUUAUAAUAUUAAGGUAGAACCACUGAACAUGAACUGUUUUAAAUAUGUUUUUAGUACCUUUAUGGAUCUUGAGAGAGGAAAUGUCAUUGCUGUGAAUGCAGGCCUCACUGAGCCAUCGGAUUUAAUCAAAAUAUCUUAAUUUGUGUUCCGAAGAUGAAUGAAGGUCUUACGGGUGUAGAACGACAUGAAGGUGAGUAAUAAAUUACAUUAUUUUCAUUUUUGGGUGAACUAGCCCUUUAACAAUUUGAGAACAAAGUAUAGCAAUAAUAAUAAUUUGCACGGUUUGACGUGAUCCGAGCUAAGCGAUCGUUAGAUUUAAACAUCAUUGGCAGCGCGAUUUAUUGUAAUGCUUUUUUUCUCAGUUGGUCAGAACAAAAGUGCCAGACAUGUUACUUACUUGUUUAGAUGAUAUUUAUCAGUGAAAAUUCUCAUUUUGGUCAUACUUCCGUAGAGUAUACCAGAUGUAGAAUCUGUGAUUCUGAAGUACAAACAUUAGAUUCAUCCGCGCUGAGGAGCCGUGCCGAUACACAACCCACGUAAAGAUGAUAAUUCCGCAAAUAACUGCAGUUGCAGUUUUCAAACAGAGAUGGCGACAAAGAGGCAACUUAUGGACUGCGGCUUUAAAAACUUGAUUUUCACCACAAGGGAGAAUAUAAUUAAAAAAUGUAAAUAUUAAAUAUAAAUCUAAAAAUAUUACAAUAAUAAAAUAUAUUAAAAACUUUAACAUUAAUUACAGAAAAAUGUGUGAUUAGUUAAUUUUUUAAUAUCUAAUUAAAUGUUAAUUACAAUAUCUUUAAUACUUGAGUUACAGUCAGGUACUUUUUUCCCAUUUUUUAACUGUCACCAUUGGUGUAUAACGCAACAAGGCUUGCUGAAGUCAACAGAUUUUAAUAAAAGACCUACUUAUCUCUAAAUAUCAGAAAUUUUGAUCCAUUCAUGACCAAGGAAGAUUAUUUAAGGUUGUAAAAUGUCAUGUGGUGUGACUCAACCAAAACUUAAUGAUGUUUAUGAAUUAAUACAGUUUCAUCACAUGAUGUUUCAUUAAAUCAUUAAAUGAACUUUUAUUGAGAAUGGUGUAAAGGUUUUCCAAUGGUGUGUAAACCAUAUGAAAUCAACAAAUACUUUUCUGUAAAUCUGAAAUCUGUUUUGAACAAGAUUUGUCAUUGACUCAACUGGGAAACGUAAAGCCUAAAAGUGAACUUGAAGCUAUAAAACAUCUAGAUGCUCCUGUAGUGGGGAGUUAACUGCCGCUGCCCAACAACAAGUGGGUAAAAAAGGCUUCAUAAAAAGGAAGGAAAUAAGAUCAUCUGUUUGCCUGGUCUUCAGACGUUGACAGCACUUUUGCGAAUUCUUCAUAACUGGAGAAAUCUGCAACAUGUAAGUAUACAUGUAAUUGUUUUUGGAAAAUUGUCAAAUUAAUAUUUUGUUAACCAUGUUAUAACUUUAAACGCAAUUCAUGUAGGAGUUAUUGAAUGAUUUAAAAAAUAAUGUGUGCCUCUCUCUCUAUGUUUUUUUUUUUUUUUUUUUAAUUCUGGACAAACAAGUAAAUGAUUUUCAAAGUUAAAGCAUGGACAUCAGACUCAUAUCACUGAUCCUACUUAUACACAUUUCAGGCUGUCUAUCAUUGGACCUUCUCUCUGUGACCUGUGAAGAUGUUUGUGCUCUGAGGGAAAACACUGUGCAGCUGAGAUGUUCUUAUUCUGAAAUCAACGUCAAAACUGUGUUCUGGUUCAGCCGGAAACAGAGUAAAAACUGGAGAAAGACUGAUGAACCUGAAGAUUUGACUGUAGACUUGGACUACUCAGGACGAGUGAAGAAGGAGGCCGUAAACGACCAUUCAACACUCACAAUUUCAGACCUGAGAGAGAGAGACUCUGGAGAAUAUCAGCUCAUGUUCAUCAUGAAGGAUGGAGUUAAAUGUCUCGGCUCAGUCGCUGUCAAUCUAACAGUCACAGACCUGCAGGUGAGGAUGAAUCCUGCAACUACAGACCCGAGAGAUGAGACAGUAAAACUGACCUGUGGUUCUUCCUGUGAUUUGACAUCCAGACCGCAGAAUUACUUCUGGAAAAAAAAUGGACAAUAUUUAAAAUUAGGAGAUAAUAUAUACAAAGGCAUUAGUUUUCUAGCCAAUGGAUCUGAUGGCAGUUACUCCUGUUCUCUUACUGCAGACUAUAAGAUUUCCUCCUCUCCUGUGUGUAUUUCUAAGGAUCACUGCUGGGAUGUGACUUACACCUCUAGAAGAGUCUGUGCUUUGACGGGCUCAACAGUAGACAUUUCCUGCACAUACUCACCUCCCUCUGGUUAUACUGUAAAUAAAACAUUCUGGCAUUACGAUCUGCCUGGUGACUUCAAGGAUCUGCGUGAGAAGCAUCAGUUUGCUGGUCGUGUGGAGUAUGUGGGGAACACACUGAGAAUCAAAGAGCUCAAGAUGAACGACUCUGGAGAAUAUCGAUUCAGGAUCAUCUCUGACACAACAGGAGGAACAUACUCUGGAUCACCUGGAGUCAUCCUUACUGUUACAGAUACGAUGGUGACAAGCAGUCCAGACAUUAUAUCAGAGCGACAGGAAGUGAUAUUAAGCUGUUCAACUAAAUGCACUCUGAGCGACAAACACACUUACAUCUGGUACAAGAACGGACAGCAGGUAACGGAUGGAUUCACUAAAGACAACAAGCUGUACCUAGACUCAGUCAGCAAUGAAGAGCUUCAAGAGUAUUCCUGUGCUGUAGGAGAUCCAGUGGACAGCACAGUGUUCAGCCAUUAUACAGUCAUUCUGCUGGUGUUUUUACCUCAGUUUCUCAUAAUAGCAGCUCUGUGGAUGUGGUUUUUCAUCAGAAUGCAUCUAAUAUCUAAACCAAACUGAAAACAAAAUUGUAGACUCUGAUGUUCCACAUCUGUUCAUCUGCUGUCUGUCCAUCAGAGCUGGUGGAGUGAUGUCAUUGUGAGAUCAUCACCUAGCAACAGUCAGAACUGUCAGCAGCAACAUCAGUGAUGUCAUAUACAGUAACUUAUUAAAGUCUGCUCAUUCUGCAUAAUCAAACACAAGACAGUAUAGGUUUCAGCUUUUUUCUGCUUAUGCUUAAUUUAAAGGCCCGUUCACACCAGGAACGAUAACUAUAAAUAUAACUAUAAAGAUAACUAUUAUUUGCGUCCACACCAAAAACAGUCUGUUUAUUCUAAGCUCAUGCGCUGCAGUUUCAAAGUGUGUACAACAUGUUUUUGCUGUUCUUGUUGCAUUUACUUGGCUUUAACCAGCAGAUGUCCUCAGCGUGCUAUGUUUCAAGUGAAUAGCUAGUGUAAUCGAUCUAAUCUAACAGAGAAUUUAGCUGACGAAGUCAAUAUAGUGGAAUAAAACAACACCUAGUCUUUUUCACUGCAACUUCAAAAGAAGCAAGACAAUUUUGUCGAAAUAGUGCUGGAUACCUGAGGUAAUUUUAUGUUACACUGUUUGCUAGCCUGGCAUAAUGAUCUCAUCAUUAAUACUUCUCACCAUUUAUUUUGAGGAUAUGAUAGAUUGUUUGUUUUCAAUAUAUCAACUUUCUUUAAAGUAUCCUUGAAAAGGGUGUUUGGCUUGUCAAACAGUGGUGGCUUUUUCUGGACCUCAGCGAUGAACUUCUCUGCAAUGUCGUCUGCCAUUUUAAAUGCACAAGCCCUUAAAUUAGAAUGGAUUCUGAUUGGCUGUCAGUGUUUUAUCAUUCAACAACUGGAAAAAAAAAAAAUUCUGAAAGUGAUCCCAGUGAUACCAUUUCUCUAUAUCAUUAUCAUUAUAGCUGUGGUGUGGACAUGCUAUUCUUUUAUAUUUAGAACAAUUUUUAGAACUAUAUCCUUAUCAUUAUCUUUAUAGUUAUCGUUCUUGAUGUGAACGGGCCUUAAGAAGAAACUUUUUUUUUAAAUUCCUUCAAGGAUCCACUUUAAUGAUUUAUCUAUAACUUAUUUCUUUUUUUCUGUUAUUUCGGUUUUUUGAGGGUUUUAUUCUGCUCAUUUAGCUACUUUUUAAUGUUUGUGGUAAGCUGGUAAUGACGUAAAGCACUGUAAAAUAAUGUCCGUGGGGUGCCAAUAUUUGUUGUUAAGAUGUCUGUUAAUUGCAUGAAACAUUGAAGGUCCAGACUUCAGGGACUUCCCAGCUAACAGAAUUUUGUUAUAAGAACAUUCUCCAAGUAUUCAUUAUUGGUUCUGGGAACAUAAAAAAUGUCCAGUUUUCUUGACAUUAGAUGAACGUUUUUAUAAGGUAUGAUGUUCCUUAAACGUUCUUUCAACUUAAUUUUGAUUUGAAAUUUAACAUUCUAGGAACGUUGAUUUGUAACAUUCCAAGAACAUAAAAAUGUCCAGUUUUCUUAAUGUUAGUAGAAUGUUAUUUAAAGGUUAGUAUGAUGUUCCUGAAACAUUCUUUCAAUCAUUCAAACACCUGCUGUGAACAAGCACUGAAAGAAAGAGAAAUAAGAACACAAACUAUGACUUUCUUCAGCCACAGCCUUAGAUGAACUGAAGAUAAAAGAUAUUAAAUCUCUGAAGAUCUGAUUAAACAACUCCACAAACAGGAUUACCAGCUUCACUUAUUACUAACCAGACUGACUUUAUUUCUGUCAGACGUCUACAGUAGUUCUUAUUGAGAAUUAACAGAAGUUUAGAUGUUGAUGUCUUAUUGAAAAUGUUUAGUUUGAGGUCAUCAUCAUGGUGAUCAGUGUUUGCUUUAGUUGGGCUCUUGACCCUUGACUUUUGUUGAGUUGUUUUUUUUUUGUCAGCAAUUUCAGGUGUUUCCAGAAAACAUUUCUGCAUAAAGCAAGUCAAUAUGUCUGUUUCGAUAACAGACAAGUGACUACAUUAAAGUAGUUUAAAUAACUACUUUUUCUGUAUUUUAGCUUACUUUAGGAAUUGAAAUGGUAUAUAAGAAGGAAGUAAUAAACUCAAAUGUUGUGAUAAAAACCAUUUGUAACACUGCUGGGUCAUUCUGUGUCAAAUUAACCAGAUUUCAGAUACUUCCUCGGCUAAAAUGUUUUAUUUUGUUAAUAUGUUUUCUGAACACAUAAAUAGUGAUGAAAGCUAAACUAUUCUAUGUCAUGGAUGAAUAUUUAUGGAGUUAUCCACUGUUUUGUGGAGGGGGUCAAAAUAAAAGUUUUCUUCUGAGAUUUAG